AUGACAGCUUCGACAGCCGAACGUAGCAGCUCUGAACGGCAACCACAGGCACAAUACCCCAGCUUUACUGAGGUGAAAGAACGACCCAUCAAUAAGGUCGAUUACCGCCAGCAGGGCGGACCAUUGUUGGAAUACUUGUGGUGCGAAGACGAGCCCUUGUCGGGACAAUCGCUAUAUCUGGGUGGAGAAGUUGGCGCCGACGGCAAGAUCUGGUUUAUUCCAGGACACGCGCUUCGGGUUUUGAGGUUAGAUCCAGAUACGGAUCAGCUUGCACAAGUCGGCCCCAGUUUUCCUGGAAAAUUCAAAUGGCUCAGAGGUGUUCCAGACGGGAACAUUAUAUACGGCCUGCCUUGCCAUGCAGAUACAGUACUUCGCAUCGAUGUAUCGACGGGGCAUAUUUCGACUUUGCCUAUCCCAUACGAAGACUUUUAUAGCCAUGAGCCUGCCAUUGCCGGCAGGGAACGAGCCCGAGAAUGGAAAUACCAUGGAGGAAAUACGAGUCCAAUCGAUGGAUGCAUUUACGCUAUUCCACAGUCUGCGUUGCAUGUGUUGAAAGUCGAUCCACUGCGCGAUGUUUGUGAACUAGUCGGACCCGCACUGCCAGGUCGAUACAAAUGGUACGGUGGUGUCGUCGGAAAGCAAGACGGCGCCAUAUACGGAAUUACGCACGAUUCUCCCAGCGUGCUCCGGAUCCAUCCCAACGCCAUCACAUUGCAUGGCGACUACGGCACGGGUGGUCACAAAUGGCAUGGGGCAGCCGCCGCACCAAAUGGUGUAAUUGUUUGCGUUCCGGCCAAUGCCGAUUCCGUACUAUGUAUUACUCCUGCUGAUCCAGAGCCUAUUUUAACCGAAGUGGGCGACGAAAGUUUUAUCCAGACUGGUCGGCAUCGAAAUGAUAAUAAAUAUAAAUACCUGGGCGCUUUGAGUGGUACGGACGGCAAGGUAUAUGUUUUUCCAUGCGGGAGCGAGCGAGUGCUUCAAGUGGAUACCGUCUCUAUGCACGUCAAAACGGUUGGGCCAAAUAUUUACGAUAAUAAAAUGGAAAGACUGUGUCAAAACAAAUGGCAAAACGGAGUUCUCUCGAUAGGAGAACAGUGCGUUUAUGGAAUACCCUUGGCAGCCGAGUCACUACUGAGGAUCGAUUGCAGCAAAGAAAGGCCUUCGGUGACAACGUGGCCGCUGCCUUUACCGUACAAAGGACUAGCUAAAUUCGAAGGCGGCGUCGCCGGCCCGAACGGAAUCCUGUAUACCGUCCCAAAUAAUCACAAGGCAGUGCUCAAAAUUCAGCCGGCAAGUUGGAAGGAGCCGAAAGUUUUUUCUGGCAAAUCCGACCGCGAUAUGAUACAAGUCGACCGGGACGACCCAAACUUGGUCUACCGAUCUGGCAUUCCCACACUUAGAUCGUCGGCCCACCGCGUCAAGUUUGCUCCCAAGAAUCGCUGUCACGACCCUAAACCGAAAAAUCGCGAUGGCGAAGAAACCGGCACCCUCUGGCUACCUUCUGAGCUUCUCAAAGAGCACAUAUUCCCCUUUGAUAGCACUCAGUUUGAUUUAUCAACGCCAUUGAGGUCCCUGCUCCGACAAUGUGAGCCGGAGAUUGUCGGCAGCUUUCGGGAGGGCUCAGACCGACUGGAAGACUUUGUGGUCCCAGUGCCGUCGACCUGGAGAUCGGUCAAUGGUGGUCAAUGUGAGCGUGCGCAAAAACAUUUAUCCGAUCAAGUCGCAACCGAUGAAGUGUUUUUGGCUGCGUUUGACCGUCUCGUGAAAAAUGCGGUGCUGCCUCACUUGAAAGCUCGGCUGGUGGUGGCCGGUGCGGUCAAAGACGAAACUGGCGGAACAACGUUUUACUAUCAACGCCCACCGACAUUGCGCUUGCAGCCGGGACCAGCUUGGGCCCAAGUUAAGCCUCACAAUGAUGCGGAGUACGGGCACCAAAACGGAGAGCUCAACUUUUGGCUGCCCCUUACCGACCGAGAGGUGACAGGGGUGGAUCUAUGGUGUGAGACGAAGUUUCUGGCAGACGAUUUUCACCCUAUUGCUGCCAAGCCAGGCGAAGUCAUAUCGUUCCACGGCUCCUCCUGCAGACACUAUGUAAAUACGAACCGAACCGAGUUGACACGGGUCUCGAUGGACUUUCGCGUUGGAGUGGAAGGCUUCUUUGAUCCUUUUUGGCGAAUGAAGGGAACCACGGACGACCACGGGCGGACGGAAGUGAAUCUCUAA